GUCUCUCUCAACAUAUAUCUGCUCUCUGCCUCCACUCGUACGUACGUGCUUCAGACUCAAGAUCAGUGAUCACUAGCUGCUAGCAAUGGCGCAGGGAAGAGGCAGUGCAGUUACCGUGGUCGUCGCGCUCCUGCUCGUCUGCGUGCUCUUCAACGCCAGAGUUGCCGACUCGGCGGUGUACAACGUCGGCGACAGCAGCGGCUGGUCCUUCAACACCGACUCCUGGUCCACCGGCAAGCGCUUCAAGGCCGGCGACGUCCUAGUGUUCAAGUAUGACGCGACGGCGCACGACGUGGUGGCGGUGAGCGCGGCGGGGUACAGGGCCUGCGCCAAGCCGGCGAGCGGCGCAAGGGUGUACAAGUCUGGCGCCGACCGCGUCACGCUCGCCCGCGGCACAAACUACUUCAUCUGCAGCAUCGCCGGACACUGCCAGUCCGGCAUGAAGAUCGCCGUCACCGCCGCUUGAUCCAUCACACCAUGCACGUCACGUCGCAGUCCUACUCCUGAAUAACGUAGCUGUUAACAUAAUAAGUAUGCGCCCGUCGAUCCUAUAAUAACGUUGUACGGUUUGAUUCCGACCCUGAUCGUGUUUGUGGUACACCCCCAAAUAAAAGGACACCUGAUGGUUGAACCGAA